GCGUUGUUUGUUCUUGUUGAAACACGUGUAAUCGCGACGCCCGUCAGCACCAGCUCGCCUGGGAGUGCACCACCAAAAUCGUUUACAAGCUAGUAAUCCGCAGGAAUCACGCAUAAACGCGUUCACCUGUCUUCAUCAUGCCUGAGGGUCAGAUUUUCAAGGCAACUUACAGUGGAAUUCCCGUGUUUGAGAUGAUGUGCAAGGGAGUUGCUGUCAUGCGCCGGCGAGCCGAUUCGUGGCUCAACGCGACCCAGAUCCUGAAAGUCGCAGGCUUCGAUAAACCUCAACGAACCCGCGUUCUUGAGAGAGAGGUACAGAAAGGCGAGCAUGAAAAGGUUCAGGGAGGGUAUGGAAAGUACCAAGGAACAUGGAUACCUCUUGAACGAGGUCUCGCUUUGGCGAAGCAGUAUAACUGUGAACCUGCUCUCCGCCCAAUCAUUGAUUUUCAGCCCGCAGCCAAGAGUCCACCUCUUGCUCCUAAACACCUCGUUUCUACAAGUACAGCGGCUCGUCCCGCCGCGCGUCGUGCCGCUGCCGCUGCUGCUGCUGUCGCAGAAGCAGGAGCUGCCCUCGCUGCUGCCCGCUCGCGUCGUAAUGUAGAACCUGAAGUCGAAUCCGAUCACGAAAUAUUAUCCGACCAUGCAUCCGAGGAUGGAUCCAUGACCUCCUCGCCUUCCCGUGGGUCCUCAAGCUCUCGCACUCCGUCACCCAUCGGUAACAAAUUGGAUGUUGCUGGAGACCGCCGCAGCGGGAAUUCUCGACGGAAACCACCACGGCGCCAAAUUGAUGAGCGUUAUGAUGACGAAGGUUCAGAUGAGGAACCCACGCAGCCUAACGGAACUACCGACCCACGCGCAUACGCAGACCAGAUCCUCGAGUACUUCAUUUCUGACUCGAAUCAGAUCCCCCAGGUUCUUAUUUCUCCACCGCCUGAUUUUGACCCGAAUACCGCCAUUGACGAGGAUGGGCAUACCGCGUUGCACUGGGCUUCAGCAAUGGGCCGCCUACGUAUCGUCAAGUUGUUGAUAACAGCUGGCGCAGAAAUAUUCAAGGUGAACAAAGCAGGUCAGACUGCACUUAUGCGCAGCGUUAUGUUUGCAAACAACUAUGAUGUGCGGAAAUUCCCUGAGCUGUACGAACUCCUUCACCGCUCUACACUCAACAUCGACAAUUACAAUCGGACCGUGUUUCAUCACAUCGUUGACGUCGCAAUGUCAAAGGGGAAGACGCAUGCUGCGCGGUACUAUAUGGAAACAGUGCUCAAUCGCCUAGCUGACUACCCAAAAGAACUCGCGGAUGUCAUCAAUUUUCAAGACGAAGACGGUGAAACUGCAUUGACAAUGGCUGCCCGAUGCCGGAGCAAGCGUCUCGUGAAACUUCUCAUUGACCAUGGCGCUAAUCCAAAGAUCAUCAACAACGAUGGCAAGAGCACAGAGGACUACAUCCUCGAGGAUGAACGUUUCCGUUCGUCUCCGGGCCCAACGUCACGCCUCUCAGCGAUGUCCUUCCGCAAUGCCCAAGCAACUCUCGGUCCCACGACUUCCAAUGCAAUGAUGCUGUCAUACCCUAUGAAUGGUGACAAGCCUCCGCUCCACCACUCUGUUGCGGGGCAGAAGGCCAGCACGCGUUGUGUCAAUGACAUCACAAGCAUGCUCGAUAGUCUCGCCUCGUCAUUCGACCGUGAGCUGCAUGAAAAGGAGCGCGACAUGACGCAAGCGCACGCACUCUUGCAGAACAUUCAGCAAGAAAUCCUGGAAAGCCACCGUGCCGUGAACCAGCUCAAAACGCAAGCCGAGGGGCUACAGCUCGCUAAGGGUUUGCUUGGGGAAUUGGAAGGACAGUUGCUUGACAAGAUGGGAAGGCGGUAUCGUUUGGGCUGGGAGAAAUGGGUGAAGGACGAGGAGAAUCGCGAGGUGUCGAUACGGGACGCUGCUGAUGGAGAGUUGAGGAUUACAGCAGCGACGGUGCCUUACCGGACAGACGACGACAUCGAGGAGGUUGCAGAACCUGGGAAAGAUAAGGGGAAAGGGAAGCGGAAGGCGUUACCCCAGGAGGAGGACAUUUCGGACCUGUUGGCAUUAUAUGCUGAUGUGCCUACGGAUCCGGACGCACUGCGAGUCGCCUGCGAUGCCUUACGAGAUGAGAUUGGACAGCACAGGAAACGGAGGAAGGAUAUGUUUGACGAGUUGGCGUCAUUCCAAGCAGAGGCGGGCACUGGGGGACGAAUGGCUGAGUAUAGAAGACUAAUUGGGGCGGGGUGCGGCGGGGUGCUGCCAUCGGAGGUGGACAACGUGAUUGGGAUGUUGCUCGAGACGCUAGAAUCUGAGGAACCCAGCGCGUCAUCUACAGCAUGGAGCGGGUCCAAAGCUGGGCCUAUGGGCUAAUGUCAAGGUUUGUUGAGGCGCUGGUAAUUUAUCUACUCUUCUCUUGUAAUCAUACCGAGUCUUUACUGCUAGAUCUCGACUUCAAUGCGAAACCCCAAUCGUCGACUCGCACCAUUGUCCGGAAACAUUAUUAUUGAGUAUGCGGGAGUCCUUUCGAACUGUAGUUCGUAAGUAGCUGGUUUUGGGCUGAAGUGCGUGCCUCAGGAGCAUGAGUGUUUUCGUAAAGUUGCUUAGUCAGC